UUGAUAAUUUAAGAAAAAAAAUAUCGAAAGGAAAAUUUGUACAAUGUUUGGCUUGUCUUACAGCAAUAAUUGCAUGUUUUGAUGAUGGCUUAUUACAAGUAUGGCUAUCACCAGUGAUUCCAAAACUAGUAGCAAAGGAUUCUGAAAUCCCAAUAAAUUCAGAUCAAGAAUCAUGGCUUACGUCAAUGUCGUUAAUAGCUUUAUCAAUUGCAUCUAUAUUUUCAAUCAAAGCUGUUCGAUUAAUUGGAAACAAGACGAUAAUUUUGCUGAGCUGUAUACCAGUAACAUUGUCUCUGUUAUCAAUUAUAUUUGCAACAUCAGUCGCUGAAUUAUAUAUAUCCAGAUUUUUUGCGGGAAUAUGUGACGCCAUGUGUUAUGUAAGUGUCCCCGCAUACAUUGGAGAAAUAGCAGAACCGUCUAUUCGUGGAGUGUUAUCAUCAAUUAUAAUGACAUCGUUAAAUUUGGGAAUCGCAAUCACAUAUUAUUUUGGUUAUGCACUGCCUUUGAAAACGUAUCCAUUGUAUUGUCUUUCAGUUCCAAUUGUAAUGUUUAUUGUUUUUCUGUUCAUGCCUCAAUCACCGUCUUAUCUAAUAUCAAAAGGAAGAGUUGAAGAUGCUAAAAAACAGUUAGAAAUGAUUCGAGAUUCCGAUAUAAGCAAAGAAUUCAAAGAAAUUAAAGCAAAUAUUGAAAAUGAUGUUUCAGUACUUGAGAAUUUUUUUAAUUUAUUUCGAGUGAGAGCUAAUUUAAAAGCUUCAUUAAUUAUUCUUGUAACAGUUUUGAUAUGGAAUUGCUCCGGAAUUAUUAUUAUGGCUAUGUAUUUGCACACAAUUGUGUUGGAAGCACAAGUCAGUCUUCCAGAAAUCAAUCCCAUAGUGAUAUAUUCUUUUGUACAAUUUUUAUCAGGAAUUGGUUGCUUUUUUAUUGUGGAUCGAUAUGGAAGAAAACCAUUAUUAUACAUUUCAUGCACUGGCGCAGCCACAUGUUUAUGUGCCUUGGGAACGUAUUUUUUCUUCAAAAAUAUGAACUACAAUGUUGAAUCAGUGACGAUUUUACCAUUGAUCGCUUUAAUUUUAUAUGUAUUUUUCGCUAGUAUUGGCCUCGGUAAUAUUCCAAUUGUGUAUACAUCGGAAUUAUUUGCAUAUAAUAUGCAAAGUUAUGGCGGUGCAAUAUUAUGUAUAAGUUAUGGUGUGUUUGGUUUAGGUGCAAAUUCACUGUUUCAAAUAAUUACAAAUCAUUGGGGUAUGCACAUAAUUUUCUGGAUAUUUGCUGUUCUUACUUUAAUGGGAGUGUUAGUUACAUAUAUUUGGCUCCCAGAAACUAAAAAUAAAUCAAUUAUAGAAAUUCAAGAAUAUUUAACAGCACCAUAUGAUCUAUUGCGUGAAAAAAAUACUCAAUUGAGUGCAAUAAUGGGUGAUGUGUCUAUUGAUUAUAGUAAACGAGCUCGUUCAGCAAAAUUUAAACAAUAUUUAGCAUGUUUUACAGCUACAAUUGCAUUGUUUGAUGAUGGUUUAAUUUACGUGUGGUUGUCACCAGUAAUUCCAAAAUUAGUAGCAGGAGAUUCUGGGAUAUCAAUAACUCCAGAACAAGAAGCAUGGCUUACAUCAAUGAUGCUAGUAGCUGCGUCAAUUACAGCAAUAUUUUCAAUACAUUCAAUUCGCUUAAUUGGCAGUAAAAAUUUAAUUUUAUUGAGUAAUAUUCCAAUGAUUUUAUCACUCUUAUUGAUCAUAUUUUCAACAUCAGUUCUCGAAUUGUAUAUAUCAAGAUUUUUAGUUGGAAUUUGUGAUGUAAUGUGCUUUGUGGGUGCACCCGCAUAUAUUGGAGAAAUUUCAGAACCAUCUUCACGUGGAAUAUUAUCAACAUUUAUUAUGAUUUCAUACAAUUUGGGAAUAGUAAUUACUUUAUACUUUGGUUAUGUCCUACCUUUGAAAACAUAUCCACUGUAUUGCCUUCCAGCUCCAUUUAUAAUGUUUAUUCUUUUCCUGUUCAUGCCUCAAUCACCGUCUUAUCUAAUAUCAAAAGGUAAAGUUGAAGAAGCUAAAAAACAGUUAGAAAUGGUUCGAAAUUCUGAUAUAAGCAAAGAAUUCGAAGAAAUUAAAACAAAUAUUGAAAAUGAUGUUUCAGUACUUGAAAAUUUUUUUAAUUUAUUCCGAGUAAGAGCUAAUUUAAAAGCUUCGUUAAUUAUUCUUGUGACAGUUUUCAUAUGGAAUUGCUCGGGAAUUAUUAUAAUGACUAUGUAUUUACACACAAUAGUGUUGGAAGCACAAGUCAAUCUUCCGGAAAUCAUUCCCAUAGUCAUAUAUUCUUUUGUACAAUUUUUGUCAGGAAUUGGUUGCACUUUUAUUGUGGAUCGAUAUGGAAGAAAACCAUUAUUAUACAUUUCAUGCGUUGGCACAGCCGCAUGUUUAUUUGCCUUAGGAACGUAUUUUUUCUUCAAAAAUAUGAACUACAAUGUUGAAUCAGUGACCAUUUUACCAUUGAUCGCUUUAAUUUUAUAUGUAUUUUUCGCAAGUAUUGGUCUUGGUAAUAUUCCAAUUGUGUAUACAUCGGAAUUAUUUGCGUAUAAUAUGCAAAAUUAUGGCGGUGCGAUAUUAUCUAUCAGUUUUGGUGUGUUUGGUUUGGGUGCAAAUUCACUAUUUCAAAUAAUGACAAUUCAUUGGGGCAUGCACAUAAUUUUCUGGAUAUUUGCGGUUCUUACCUUAAUGGGGGUAUUAGUUACAUAUAUUUGGCUACCAGAAACUAAAAAUAAAUCAAUCACAGAAAUUCAAGAAUAUUUGACAACGCCGAAAUCUAAAAAAGAAAUGACAAAAAGUUAGAAACAAUUUGUUACAUACACAUAGAAUAUGGACCUAUAUUAGAAAACUGUUGAAAUUGUGGCUACUUGCCACAAUGCGUGCCUAAAUAUUAAACUACCAUUCAAUCUAAGGAGGUCCGUGAGGUCCUAAGCCUGGGCCUCACGGGCCUUAGCUUAAAUCCAGCCCUGGGAAGUAGCAAUAUCACUUAAAAGGUAAAAAGAAACAAAAUUUCGAUAAUAUUUCUUUGAGAAAGCCUUUGAUAAUAUCGAUAGGAAUAUGUUAUAGGCGACUAUCUCAUAUAGGACUUUCUAAAACUAGGAUUCAGGGCCAGAUUAACUAUUAGGCAAAAAGGCUUUAGCCUUAGGCCCUUGAAUCUUUGGCUCUCGAUUAUUGGUACUUGCUAUAAACAGUGAACUCGCUAGAAAUUUAAAUGCCGAAAAGAUAAUUCACGAUUUUGCUAGCAUAAAAGCAAAA